GAUUGGGGUGAGCCUCUGCUUUCCAUAAUCUUUUACUGUCAAUGCAAAAGCAGGUCUUUUGUUUUUGAUUAAUUAGAACAUUUUUGAUUUUCACUAGCUUUCAAAAGUUAGAAAGGUAAAGGUGUAAAAAGCCUUAAGCAUCCUGCUACCAAGCCUGAGGUCUCAAGUUCUAUCCCUGGAGCCUACACAAAUUGUCCUUUGACUUUCAUGCGGGUACUAUGGCAUGCGCACGUGGGCGUGCACACUAAAUACAUGUAAACAACUAGACUGGAUAUUGUGGCUCAGCAGGAGUAAAGCCAGCACCAGCAAAGCACAAGUUCCAAAAGCAAUCCUAACACGGCGAUGAAAACUGGGCUCACGUUGUGCAUGCGCUUUCCUGGUGCGGCUAUUGGUUUUUGGCCUUCCAAUCACAGGCGGCGUCCUCUAGCCUCGUCCAAUGGGGGUAGGCUCCGAGUUCCGGCCCGCCAAGCUUGAGAGUCGAGGCUGGAGGAGGAAGCGGCGAGCGGUUCCGGUACGAAGCUGCUUGGCGGCCGUCAGCGGGCCGGCCGCCCCGCUUUGCGUCUAGAGAGUUUCCCCGGCCGCCGGCGGCGUGCAAUGCAGCGGGACGGUACCAACGAACAAUGUUUUCUUGAACUUGCUUCACCAAUGUCUUUCAUUCUGAAUAUAUUAAGAAACAUGCUGGCAUAUUUAGGUGUUCCCGUAGAUCAGGAUUUGCUGAUUUUUCAAAAUAAAGAUUAUGGGUCAGCUCGGAGUAUUGUCCGUGUUAUUGGGAGAAUGCUUCCUUUAGAGCCUUGCCGAAGACCUCGUUUUGAGUUGACCCCACCUGCGAGCUCUAAGGAGGUGGAUGACUAUGAACUUGAGGUUCCGUCCUUUGCUGAUGUUUUGUGUGUGGCAGACGAUGGAGAAGCCGGUUGUCUCGGAUUUCGACACAGUCUAUGGAAAAAGGCGGAAGGGAAAGUUGCUCUCUUCCAUCCUUCAAAACUACCUUGGGAUCUGUCGUCCCCUGCUCUAAGUCAGAACAGAACAGUGGCCGAUGACCUUCCUGUAAGCGAAGCUGCCAUUAAAAAGAUAGCCGCCCUUGAAGAUGAGCUGACUUCUCUCCGGGCUCAGAUCGCGGCCAUUGUGGCCAUGCAGGACCUGAGAGGGGGCGGGGAGACUGGCUUCAUCAGCUUGAGCGAUGGACCCAGCAUGGAGCAGGUGCCACCAUCAUCAGCGACCUCUCAGCUGAGUGUGGAACCGGACCAUGUUCCAAGUGUGGUGCUUUCUCCUCCUCCCCUUCCUCCUCCUCCUCCCCCACUUCCUCCUCCUCAGUUUUCUCUGCAGCCUCCCAGUUCUCUUCCCGUGCCACCCGGAUCUGCGAAUACACGUGGCAUAGAUAAUCUGGCUGCUGAAAUGAAAAAGCACCCUUCUGGUGUUAAGAAGACUGACAGCAGCCAUCAUUCAGAAAGUCAGAGAGUAAGUGACGUUCCGAACAUGUUGGAUGUUCUGAAGGACAUGAAUAAGGUCAAACUUCGGCCAGUGGAAAGGUCACCGGGUGGUAGACCCAUUCAGAAGAGGAGACGACAGAGUUCACAAUGGGAUCCAGUGUCUCUAAUUUCUAAUGCACUGAAACAGAAGUUUGCCUUUCAAGAUGAUUCCUUUGAUAGUGAAAAUAGAUCUUGGCAAGGUUCUCCAUUUUCUAGUCCAGAAACUUCCAGAAAUGGUUCCAGGUUUUGACGUCACAUUACUCCACCAGAGAGUCAGCGAGUGACCUGAGGGAAGGACUGAUGAUAUAAAAGCCGUAAUCCAGGGUAUCAGAAGCAAAAGCUGGGACUACACUUGGAAGGACAGAUCAGGCGUGCCCUGUGGUAUCCUCACUGCCUGUCAGGGAAUACCACCUCUGUUAGGGUCAUCGAGCCGUACUCGGGGACCAGUAUCCGCCCAGCCCGAGGAAGACAUCUAUGAACGCUGUCCCUGCUUUUGGAAGAUGUGGCAAUUGACUGACUACUGAAGAGAGUUGGGUGUAGAUUCCCCACCAUGUGAGUGCUACUGAAAUACGUGGUUCCGCGAUGUUCCUAAAACUAUGGCUUCCUACGGAGGCUCCUUUCAGUCUUGUGAGUUGCUGUGAUACAGUUUACGUGGCCUUCAGUAACUUGUAGAUUUCUUAGUGAGCAGAAGAUGAUGAUUUUCAUUAAGAUAGUCAGAGUUUUAGUCACAUAGGGCUGAACUUCCUAGAACUUCCUGCAGUAGUAAAUUAUUUGAUCGUAAAGUACUACAUGUAGAAGUAGACCCUUGAUAGAUUUCCUGCACACUGGCUUUGCACACGCAGAUGGCUGGCAUGU